AUGUCCACCAAGCGAGCACACUUCAGUACUUCCGUCAAGACCAUUCCGGGUGCCCAGUCCAACCGUCGAACGGCCUCACUCCAACACCAAAAGUCCUUUAAUAAUGAGGACGACCCUGAGGCAGCAUCCAUUCGAAGCCCCUUCCCCGCCACACAGAAGCCGUCCGAGGAGCAAGAAACGACGUCCGAUAACGACGAAGCCAACACCACCUUCGUCGCUCAGUAA